UGUGGUGCGCAGGCGCCGCCUGGGGCGCGCGCUGGCUCCGGGGCGCCGCUCCUUCCGCCUUCCCGGCAGGCCUUGCGCGGCGCCUGCGCGUUCAGUGACCUUCCCGAGUAGCUGGCUGUGCGUGUCGGGGCUGCCCGAGCGGUUGGUCCUGCGGCGAGAUGUUCCAGAGCCUCCUCAGAACCGUGUGGGUCCCCCUGAAGCCCUACUACACGCAGGUGUACCAGGAGAUCUGGGUGGGCAUGGGGCUGAUGGGCCUCAUCGUGUACAAGAUCCGGAGUGCGGAUAAAAGAGCCAAAGCUCUGAAAGGUUCGAGUCCCGCGCCUGCUCACGGUCACCACUAGCAGCUGGGCGAGUGCAGCGGGGAGCGUCGGCCAGCAUCCACCUCGGCUGUCAGAUGGGGGCACCGUGCUGUCUAGAAGUGCCGUGUCCUUGCUGGCAUGAAUAAACAUACCUGUGGACACA